CUGCGACGGUCACUCGCCCACCCCGACCCCCCUCUCCCCCUCGCCUCUCAACACGCACAAGGGAACAAACGCCGGCGUGCGCAGGCAUGGGCAACUGCCAGGCGGCCGACGCGGCGGCGGUGGUGAUCCAGCACCCGGCCAGCGGCCGCACGGAGCUGGCCUACUGGUCGCUCCCGGCCGGGGAGGUCAUGGCCGCCAACCCGGGCCACUACGUCGCCGCCGUCAUCACCGCCCCGCACACCGCCUCCGAGGGCGGUGGCGCCGCUCCCGUGAAGCACCUCAAGCUGCUCCGCCCCGACGACACGCUCCUGCUCGGCCGCGUCUACCGCCUCGUCAGCUUCGAAGAGGUGCUGAAGGAGUUCGCGACGAAGCGGCACGUCAAGCUCAGCCGCGUCAUGGUCAAGGCCAAGGACGAGGUGGCCGCGCCCACGAAGCCGGCCAAGCCCAGGCGCCGGCGUGGCAGCAACGGCGGCGGCGGCGCCGACGCCGGCGUCGUGCGCGAGGAAUCCGACCGGUCGCUCGCAAAGAUCAUGCGCCAGUCGGUGGAGGAGGAGAAGGAGGCCACGGCUGGACCGACCUCCGGCCGCGUGCCGAAGCCAGGAGCAAACGACAACAAUGGCGUCGCGGCGUCCGAGCCCGGCCUCGACGACGACGACGACGACGACUGCGACCUGGAGUCGCUGCUGCCUCCCGGCCUGGCCCUCGGCAGGCGGCUCGGCCCGCAGUGGCGGCCGGCCCUGCAGAGCAUCGCGGAAGGGCGAGACUGAAGCGGAGUACACGACCGCGGAUCAGACGCACGGCUCCGUCUCUCUCUGUGUGUAUGUAUGUGUAAAAUGUACUCAGGCUGUACCAGCUGGGGGGCGUGUUGCGUAGCUGCGGCUCCAGAUGCCUAGUGGUAGUAGUGGUACUAGUAACUGCGCAAGUAUGGGUCACUGGUUGUAAAAGUGUGUAACGUGACAGAUGAUAUUACGCUCU